AUGCUGCAUCCCAACAAUACACAGUUCCACCCUUCUUCUUUCCUUCUGAUGGGGAUUCCAGGGCUGGAAGAUGUGCACAUCUGGAUCGGCUUCCCCUUCUUUGCGGUGUAUCUAAUAGCUCUCCUGGGGAAUAUCACUAUCCUGUUUGUGAUCCAGACUGAACACAGCCUCCACCAACCCAUGUUUUACUUCCUGGCCAUGUUGGCCUGCACUGACCUUGGCCUGUGUACAGCCACCACCCCCAAGAUGCUGGGCAUUUUCUGGUUCAACCUCAGGGAGAUUGCGUUUGGUGCUUGCAUCACGCAGAUGUACACUAUCCACAUAUGCACUGGCCUGGAGUCUGUGGUGCUGACAGUCAUGGCCAUAGAUCGAUAUAUUGCCGUCUGCAACCCUCUGAGAUACAGCACGAUCCUCACCAGUAAGGUGAUAGCCAUCCUGGGCAUAGUCAUCAUAGUCAGGACUUUGGUGUUUGUGACUCCAUUCGUAUUUCUCAUCCUGAGAUUGCCUUUCUGUGGUGUCUGGGUUAUCCCCCAUACCUAUUGUGAACACAUGGGCUUAGCAAAGUUGUCUUGUGCCAGUAUUAGGGUCAAUGUUAUCUAUGGCUUGAUUGCUUUCUCAGUGGGAUACAUUGACCUUUCUGUGAUUGGAUUUUCCUAUGUCCAAAUCCUCCGUGCAGUCUUCCAUCUCCCAUCCUGGGAUGCUCGGCUCAAGGCACUCAGCACAUGUGGCUCCCAUGUCUGUGUUAUGUUAGCUUUCUACCUGCCAGCACUCUUCUCCUUCAUGACACACCGCUUUGGUCACAACAUUCCUCAUUACAUCCACAUAUUUCUGGCCAAUCUGUACGUGGUUGUUCCUCCUGCCCUUAAUCCUGUUAUCUAUGGGGUCAGGACAAAACAGAUAAGAGAGCGUGUACUAAGGAUGCUUAACCCUAAAAGCUAUUGA